UGAUUUUUUUUGGCAUGCUUCUGAAUUUGCUUUUCUUUUUAAAAAUCCCCCUUACUAUAGAUUUGUAUAGAUGUGGUUGAAGUCACAGAUGCCAUAUUCUUCAUCUUUAUAAUGCAAGUUUUCUUUCCAGGUAGAAGGACAAGAAAAAAAUGAGCCAAUGCCAUAGAAACGCAAAGGGUUAAAGGUUUUACUUUUACUUUUGUUUUGGGUACGCUUUCUAUACUUGGAACAAAUGUGUUUUUCUGCUCAAAAUACUUUCAAAUUAUUGAAAGUUUUCAUUCCAAAUCCUAGAUUUUUAGGAUUGUUACCCUUGAGAAACUGUUUCUCACACUAGAGCUCCCCGCAUAGUGCUCUAAGUAUAGCUUAGUAAAGGCACCUACUUUGCUCUAAGCAUACUUAAAGUUAAAACAAAAGUAUGUAUACAAAGAAUUUGAUAUUUUUAAUAGUUGGAGUCUGUUUUGCUAAUUUUAGUGUGCAAGUAAGCACAAGGGGCAUAGUGAGCCUGAUGGAAGCUUUCCUCAGGUGAGUGAGUUUCACAAUCAAAAUUAGGUGCCUGUUUCUUAAAAUUAGAUUCUGCUGCAGGUUUACAUACUAGACUUUCAGCCUGCAUGAAUUAGUAGGGAUAUUCUUUUUUUACUUGCAUAAUUGUAAUUGAUUUAAACAUGUAUGCCAGAAUUCACAGGCCCAUACUAACUGUCCUUAAUUUCUUUCCUACAGCAGUACUGCUAUAUGCCAGUCCUGUCUGCAUUCUUAAGGGUGCAGUUCAACACAUCCUCUCUAGAUUAUGGUGAAAAAGUAUUCCAAAGGAAGUCUUAUCAGAGCUAGUGUCAGAAAGAAUGACACUACCAAUUGGGCAUGAUCUUCAGCAUAGGAAAUGUCUUAGAAUUUUAUUAUUUUUUCCUAAAUUGUGAUGCUAUACUACUUGUAUAGCUAGUUACCACAUUUCUAAAGCAUAGUGUGCCUCUGUGAAUCUUGUUAUAUACUGUUUGGGCUUCUGUAAGAUAUUUUGAAGUUUGAAAAGCAAAUACUGAAACUUUAACCAAGAGACUGACACAUCUCUGUACACCACGUUGCUUCUGUGUGCAUCAUAAUAACUGGUAGAAGUAAUAUAUUUAAAGUAAUAUGUUUCCAGUUUUAAUUUAUGCUUUCUAAGAAAUAAAAAUAUGUUUUCUGGGUCAACAAAACUAAAAGCACGAAGCCCUUUUUAGUAAUGUGACAUCAGAAUAAGAUUAUAGGUAUAUUUUUAAAAUCAGAUUUUCUAAACUACAAUUGUUUUAGAACACUGUAUGAAGAACUUACCUAGUCAUAGUUAUUUGUAGUCAGGAUUUUAACAGCUUGCAACAGGUAAUGUUUUGAAUAUAAAUAUCUUUCCAAAGUGUUACUAAUGGUAAAGAGAUAAUUUUCUAGGCUUCUAUUCUGCUGCUUGAAGUCAGAACUGCUGAUGGAGACAAAGGCACGAAAGUGAGGGAAGACCCCUGAUCCUAAAAUGAAUGCUAGGACUUACAUGGAUGUAAUGCGAGAACAACACUUGACUAAAGAAGAACGAGAAAUUAGGCAACAGCUAGCAGAAAAAGCUAAAGCUGGAGAACUAAAAGUCGUCAAUGGAGCAGCAGCGUCCCAGCCUCCAUCAAAACGAAAACGGCGUUGGGAUCAAACAGCUGAUCAGACUCCUGGUGCCACUCCCAAAAAACUAUCAAGUUGGGAUCAGGCAGAGACCCCUGGACAUACUCCUUCCUUAAGAUGGGAUGAGACACCAGGUCGUGCAAAGGGAAGUGAGACUCCUGGAGCAACCCCAGGCUCAAAAAUAUGGGAUCCUACACCUAGCCACACACCAGCGGGAGCUGCUACUCCUGGACGAGGCGAUACACCAGGCCAUGCGACACCAGGCCAUGGAGGCGCAACUUCUAGUGCUCGUAAAAACAGAUGGGAUGAAACCCCCAAAACAGAGAGAGAUACUCCUGGGCAUGGAAGUGGAUGGGCUGAGACUCCUCGAACAGAUCGAGGUGGAGAUUCUAUUGGUGAAACACCGACUCCUGGAGCCAGUAAAAGAAAAUCACGGUGGGAUGAGACACCAGCUAGUCAGAUGGGUGGAAGCACUCCAGUUCUGACCCCUGGAAAGACACCAAUUGGCACACCAGCCAUGAACAUGGCUACCCCUACUCCAGGUCACAUAAUGAGUAUGACUCCUGAACAGCUUCAGGCUUGGCGGUGGGAAAGAGAAAUUGAUGAGAGAAAUCGCCCACUUUCUGAUGAGGAAUUAGAUGCUAUGUUCCCAGAAGGAUAUAAGGUACUUCCUCCUCCAGCUGGUUAUGUUCCUAUUCGAACUCCAGCUCGAAAGCUGACAGCUACUCCAACACCUUUGGGUGGUAUGACUGGUUUCCACAUGCAAACUGAAGAUCGAACUAUGAAAAGUGUUAAUGACCAGCCAUCUGGAAAUCUUCCAUUUUUAAAACCUGAUGAUAUUCAGUACUUUGAUAAACUAUUGGUUGAUGUUGAUGAAUCAACACUUAGUCCAGAAGAGCAAAAAGAGAGAAAAAUAAUGAAGCUGCUUUUAAAAAUUAAGAAUGGAACACCACCAAUGAGAAAGGCUGCAUUGCGUCAGAUUACUGAUAAAGCUCGUGAAUUUGGAGCUGGUCCUUUGUUUAAUCAGAUUCUUCCUCUACUGAUGUCUCCUACACUUGAGGAUCAAGAGCGUCAUUUACUUGUGAAAGUUAUUGAUAGGAUACUGUACAAACUUGAUGACUUAGUUCGUCCAUAUGUGCAUAAGAUCCUCGUGGUCAUUGAACCGCUAUUGAUUGAUGAAGAUUACUAUGCUAGAGUGGAAGGCCGAGAGAUCAUUUCUAAUUUGGCAAAGGCUGCUGGUCUGGCUACUAUGAUCUCUACCAUGAGACCUGAUAUAGAUAACAUGGAUGAGUAUGUCCGUAACACAACAGCUAGAGCUUUUGCUGUUGUAGCCUCUGCCCUGGGCAUUCCUUCUUUAUUGCCCUUCUUAAAAGCUGUGUGCAAAAGCAAGAAGUCCUGGCAAGCGAGACACACUGGUAUUAAGAUUGUACAACAGAUAGCUAUUCUUAUGGGCUGUGCCAUCUUGCCACAUCUUAGAAGUUUAGUUGAAAUCAUUGAGCAUGGUCUUGUGGAUGAGCAGCAGAAAGUUCGGACCAUCAGUGCUUUGGCCAUUGCUGCCUUGGCUGAAGCAGCAACUCCUUAUGGUAUCGAAUCUUUUGAUUCUGUGUUAAAGCCUUUAUGGAAGGGUAUCCGCCAACACAGAGGAAAGGGUUUGGCUGCUUUCUUGAAGGCUAUUGGGUAUCUUAUUCCUCUUAUGGAUGCAGAAUAUGCCAACUACUAUACUAGAGAAGUGAUGUUAAUCCUUAUUCGAGAAUUCCAAUCUCCUGAUGAGGAAAUGAAGAAAAUUGUGCUGAAGGUGGUAAAACAGUGUUGUGGGACAGAUGGUGUAGAAGCAAACUACAUUAAAACAGAGAUUCUUCCUCCCUUUUUUAAACACUUCUGGCAGCACAGGAUGGCUUUGGAUAGAAGAAAUUACCGACAGUUAGUUGAUACUACUGUGGAGUUGGCAAACAAAGUAGGCGCAGCAGAAAUUAUAUCCAGGAUUGUGGAUGAUCUGAAAGAUGAAGCUGAACAGUACAGAAAAAUGGUGAUGGAGACAAUUGAGAAAAUUAUGGGCAAUUUGGGAGCAGCAGAUAUUGAUCAUAAACUUGAAGAACAACUGAUUGAUGGUAUUCUUUAUGCUUUCCAAGAACAGACUACAGAGGACUCAGUAAUGUUGAAUGGCUUUGGCACAGUGGUUAAUGCUCUUGGCAAACGAGUCAAACCAUACUUGCCUCAGAUCUGUGGUACAGUUUUGUGGCGUUUAAAUAACAAAUCUGCAAAAGUUAGGCAACAGGCAGCUGACUUGAUUUCUCGAACUGCUGUUGUCAUGAAGACUUGUCAAGAGGAAAAGUUGAUGGGACACUUGGGUGUUGUAUUGUAUGAGUAUUUGGGUGAAGAGUACCCUGAAGUAUUGGGCAGCAUUCUUGGAGCACUGAAGGCCAUUGUAAAUGUCAUAGGUAUGCAUAAGAUGACUCCACCAAUUAAAGAUCUGCUGCCUAGACUCACCCCCAUCUUAAAGAACAGACACGAAAAAGUACAAGAGAAUUGUAUUGAUCUUGUUGGUCGUAUUGCUGACAGGGGAGCUGAAUAUGUAUCUGCAAGAGAGUGGAUGAGGAUUUGCUUUGAGCUUUUAGAGCUCUUAAAAGCCCACAAAAAGGCUAUUCGUAGAGCCACAGUCAACACAUUUGGUUAUAUUGCAAAGGCCAUUGGCCCUCAUGAUGUAUUGGCUACACUUCUAAACAACCUCAAAGUUCAAGAAAGGCAGAACAGAGUUUGUACCACUGUAGCAAUAGCUAUUGUUGCAGAAACAUGUUCACCCUUCACAGUACUCCCUGCCUUAAUGAAUGAAUACAGAGUUCCUGAACUGAAUGUUCAAAAUGGAGUGUUAAAAUCGCUUUCCUUCUUGUUUGAAUAUAUUGGUGAAAUGGGAAAAGACUACAUUUAUGCUGUAACACCGUUACUUGAAGAUGCUUUAAUGGAUAGAGACCUUGUACACAGACAGACGGCUAGUGCAGUGGUACAGCACAUGUCACUUGGGGUUUAUGGAUUUGGUUGUGAAGAUUCGCUGAAUCACUUGUUGAACUAUGUAUGGCCCAAUGUGUUUGAGACAUCUCCUCAUGUAAUUCAGGCAGUUAUGGGAGCCCUAGAGGGCCUGAGAGUUGCUAUUGGACCAUGUAGAAUGUUGCAAUAUUGUUUACAGGGUCUGUUUCACCCAGCCCGGAAAGUCAGAGAUGUAUAUUGGAAAAUUUACAACUCCAUCUACAUUGGUUCCCAGGACGCUCUCAUAGCACAUUACCCAAGAAUCUACAACGAUGAUAAGAACACCUAUAUUCGUUAUGAACUUGACUAUAUCUUAUAAUUUUAUUGUUUAUUUUGUGUUUAAUGCACAGCUACUUCACACCUUAAACUUGCUUUGAUUUGGUGAUGUAAACUUUUAAACAUUGCAGAUCAGUGUAGAACUGGUCAUAGAGGAAGAGCUAGAAAUCCAGUAGCAUGAUUUUUAAAUAACCUGUCUUUGUUUUUGAUGUUAAACAGUAAAUGCCAGUAGUGACCAAGAACACAGUGAUUACAUACACUAUACUGGAGGGAUUUCAUUUUUAAUUCAUCUUUAUGAAGAUUUAGAACUCAUUCCUUGUGUUUAAAGGGAAUGUUUAAUUGAGAAAUAAACAUUUGUGUACAAAAUGCUAA